GUGUGGGCGACCAGUCCGCAGCCUCCUCCUCCUCCUCCUCCCCCUCCUCCUCCUCUUUUUCUCAUCGGUUCUGAGAAUAACAAACUGAAAGAUUUUCUCUUCUUUUUUUUUUUUCCUGCCGUCAGUACUUGCCAGAGGCGAUUGGAUUUUUAGGAGAUGGUUUCAGCCGCUCUUGGCUUUAAAUCGCGCGUGGUUACCGGAGGAAAAGGCGAAAGCCUCGUGGAUGGCGCGUCGGAGGAUCAGCGCGUAAACUCGCCUGUUGCAGUCUCGGACUCCUGGUGAAGCGGUUGACGAGGAGGCGCAAGGCUCCUUUUUGUUUUCUUAUUAUUUUUGCCAGCGCUGCGCCUCCGUUCGCUUCCGGCUCGUCCAUCCAAGUCGGAGUCAGAGUGACAGAGAGAGAGACAGAGAGAGCCAUACGGGAGAAAGCGGAGAAAUUCUCUCCUUUUUAUGACAUUUACCGGUCCUCUUCUCUGACAUCUUUGUGUUUGAAAACUCUCCACCGCCUCCUGUUCGUCUUCCUCCUCCGCGCGCCCUCCCCGCUCUAUGUGGGAGCUCUGAAAGCGCACCCGGCGGGGGGGCGGACACCAAGUAUCAAAGCUCCGCGGAUCCCCCAGGCAGCCUCGGAACGGCACCGGGGCCACAGAAGAACUCCCCGGCGGGCUCCUGAAGGCAGCAUGCCGCGGAGGAAGCAGCAAGCGCCUCGGCGCGCAGCAGCCUAUGUCCCUGAAGAUGAAAAGGAAGCAGCCCUACUGGAUGAAGAUCUGGAUGGGGAAGACUCAGCCCAGGAAGGGGAGGAACCUGCUGCCAAGUUCAUGUGUCAGGACAAAGACUUCCUUCUCAAGGACAGGCCAGAAUUCACUGGUUUCCAUGACUCCCCUAAUGCUGCUGACUUUUCCGGUCAGGAGUUGGACAGUGAGUCACACCUGAGUGAAACCAGUGACAGGAUGUCUGACUUUGAGAGCUCCUCACUGAAAAAUGAGGACGAUGUCCUUCUAUCUAAAGAUGCCACAAAUGUAAUUUCUCUGUCUUCCUCUUCUGCCAUGAUGGCUGCUGCCAACUCCACGGCCCCGUCAAGUGGAGAUGAUGCCAUGUUAGCAACUACUGGGUCUGUGGCUGACAGUCUGGAGAAGAUGAAGGCCAUUUACACGUCUUUUCUCACCAACUCCUAUUGGUGCACACUGAAUCUGAAUCUGAGCCAGCCACCUGCAGAAAAACCCCCUCGUAGUCACAGCAGCAGCAGUAGCAGCAGCAGUAGCAGCAGUUGUGGAAGCGGAGGUUAUGACUGGCACCAGACAGCGAUUGCUAAAACCCUUCAGCAGGCCUCUCAAAACCACCACAACCGACUGGGUCUGGUUCAGCAUCCCACAGUGGCUGUGUCCACACCAUCUACAGAACCUAACCUUUUUAGUACUGUGCAGCUCUACCGGCAGAGCUCCAAGCUGUACGGCUCCAUAUUCACAGGUGCAAGCAAGUUCCGCUGCAAGGACUGCAGUGCGGCGUACGAUACGCUGGUGGAGCUGACAGUGCACAUGAACGAAACGGGUCACUACCGUGAUGAUAACCAUGAAACAGAUGGUGAGGGUGCUAAACGGUGGUCUAAACCCAGAAAACGUUCUUUGCUAGAAAUGGAGGGGAAGGAGGAUGCACAGAAAGUGCUGAAGUGCAUGUACUGUGGGCACUCCUUUGAGUCCCUCCAGGAUUUAAGCGUCCAUAUGAUUAAGACAAAACACUAUCAGAAAGUGCCUCUGAAAGAGCCUGUUACACCAGUGGCAGCUAAGAUCAUCUCUUCUGCUCGAAAGAGAGCCCCUAUUGAUAUAGAUAUACCAAGCUCACCUGACUCGAACGGGGGCACCACACCUAAGCUAACCUCCCUCAGUGACUCUAACGAUAUACUCCAGAAGACUACCAACCCUUACAUUACGCCAAACAAUCGCUAUGGACACCAGAAUGGUGCCAGCUAUGCCUGGCAAUUUGAAUCUCGAAAGUCACAGAUCCUCAAAUGCAUGGAGUGUGGAAGCUCUCACGAUACACUGCAAGAGCUGACCGCUCACAUGAUGGUGACUGGACACUUUAUUAAGGUCACCAACUCUGCCAUCAAGAAGGGGAAACCCAUUAUUGAGUCAUGCACCUCAGCCCCCUUAUCCAAUUCAUCAACUGAAGAAAAGGUUCAGUCAGUUCCACUGGCUGCUACAACAUUCUCGCCACCGCCUGCCCCAGUGCCUCCUCCGAGCAGCAUUUCUCCUGCCGCAAUGGUUGUGGAGAUUAAAAAGGAGGAGAAGGAGGAAGAAUGCACGAAAGAAGCCAUUACUAACAAUGGUAGCAAAGGUAACAAGGAGAAGAAGGUAGCAAAUGAGGAAGAAGCUGAAGAGAAGUUUGAUAUUUCUUCAAAAUAUACUUAUCUGACCGAGGAGGAUCUGGAUGAUAGUCCUAAAGGGGGUCUUGACAUCCUUAAAUCCCUAGAGAACACAGUGACAACAGCAAUCAACAAAGCCCAAAAUGGCGCUCCAAGUUGGGGUGGAUAUCCUAGCAUCCAUGCUGCCUACCAGCUACCGAACAUAAUGAAGCUUUCUUUAGGGAACUCUGGGAAGUGCUCACCUCUCAAAUACAUGUUCCCUGGUGGGGAGAUCAUUUCCCCUACUGGCAAAAAUCAGCCUUUGAUUUCCCCUCCCAGCUGCCAGACCUCUCCACUACCCAAGAACAACUUUCAUGCCAUGGAGGAACUGGUUAAGAAGGUAACAGAGAAAGUGGCAAAGGUAGAGGAGAAAAUGAGAGAGCCCAGUGCAGUAAUAAGAACACCCCCUGUGAUACAUACUACUUCCUCCUCUUGUAACAGCGAAACCGGAGAUUCAGUCCGAGGAGAGUCCCCCAAAGAAAACAGAGCAGUGGACUGUAAAACCCCUGAGAGUAAAGAUGACCUGGAAAAAGUAGUAGGAGAUGGAAGUAGAGCCAAUCACAGAGAUUCAAAUGGAGAUUUAACAGUAAAGGAGUCUGAGAAUGGAGUGGAAUCCACUGCUGUGGCAUCACCCCUUCCUACCUCCCUGUGUGGCAACACAGCCAUCAUCACAGACCAUCCUCCUCCUGAGCAGCCAUUUAUCAAUCCUCUUAGUGCACUGCAGUCCGUCAUGAACAUCCACCUGGGGAAGGCUGCCAAGCCUGCCCUGCCGUCACUUGACCCUAUGAGCAUGCUGUUCAAGAUGAGCAACAGCCUGGCAGAGAAGGCAGCAGUGGCUGCCUCUACACCAGCACAGACCAAAAAGCCCAGCAAUGACCAGCUGGACCGAUACUUCUAUCAGCAACACCUAAACAACGACCAACCCAUAGACCUCACCAAAGGCAAAAGUGUGGACAAAACCAGCAGCAGUGGUUCUUUGGUUUCAGCGGCUCUCUCUUCCACCACAUCCACACCAUCUUCAGUUUCCCCCUCUUCCACAGUGACUAUGACGAAAGCCUCAGCUGCCAUAGCUUCCUUUAUGUCCACCUCCCCUCUACGGGAGAAUGCCCUUUCAGACAUCUCUGACAUGCUGAGGAACCUGACAGAAAGCCAAGUGGUCUCAAAGUCAUCCACACCCACCAGCCUGUCCGAACGCUCCGACAUUGAAGGUUCAACACAGGAGGAGACCGAAGAUGUUUCACCAGCCCAGAAACGUAAAGGCCGCCAAUCAAACUGGAACCCUCAGCACCUCCUCAUUCUCCAGGCUCAGUUUGCAUCCAGUCUCAGACAAACAAACGAUGGCAAGUACAUUAUGUCGGACCUGAGCCCACAGGAGAGAAUGCACAUCUCCCGUUUUACUGGCCUAUCGAUGACUACAAUAUCACACUGGCUGGCAAAUGUGAAGUACCAGCUGAGGAGAACCGGUGGCACUAAGUUCUUAAAGAACUUGGAUUCUGGCCACCCGGUGUUCUUUUGUAGUGACUGCUCCUCUCAGAUCCGUUCGCCAUCCACUUACGUCAGCCACUUGGAGUCUCACUUGGGCUUCCGUUUGCGUGACCUUGCCAAGCUUUCUGGAGAGCAGCUGCUCAGUCACAUAUCUCAGCAACACCACCAUCAACGUCACACUAAAGGACUGUCUGAAAAACUGCUCUCCAGUCUUCACCCGUCCAGCCAUCCACUACCCUCCUCCUUACCCAUUUCCCUGCCUUCAUCCUUAAGCACCUCCCUGCCAUCAGCUGAGUCCCUGUCUCCCUCCCCUGAUGACGACGACAACGGGGCCAUGUACCAGUGCAAGCUGUGCAACCGGACUUUUGCAAGUAAGCAUGCGGUCAAGCUUCACCUCAGCAAGACUCAUGGGAAGUCCCCUGAGGACCAUCUCAUGUACGUAUCCGAACUGGAGAAGCAGUAGCACUGGCUGUGGACAACAUUGCACUCUUUCAUAAUGUCUUACUCUUUCUUGUUCUGUCACUCUUUAGCCUUUGACAGAUGUUUCUUUGAAAGAAGAGACCAGUAAUGUGACAGAACUGCACAGAGAUGGCAUACAACUACUGCUUUGAGUUUUAGCACAUGCUGUUUAUUUAUACUGUUAUUUUUGUUUGUUGCUUUUCUACCAGUUUCUUUUAUUUCGUUUGAGAGUCGAGGCCGGCAAACUGUAGCCCAAACACUAUUUUCUUCCACUGAGUGCACGUCUUCGACAAGAACAGAGUAAGUUUCUCAAAAUGUGCAAACUGGGGCUGCAGUGAUUGAGAAAAUACACAAACUUUUAAAGAAGACAUCCGUAAAUGAAGUAAUCUGUAUUUAAAAAAUGUGUGUAAAUGGAAUUAAGUUGCUUUAUAUAUUUUUUGUUUUGUUUUGGCAUCACAGUGUGAUUAAGCUGCAUGCAUAACGGAACUGUUCAGUUUAACAUUUUCUAGAUAAAUUUGCUGCACUUUCCAUAAUUUUAUUUUAUUUUUUAAACUCUCUUUCACUGAUAUUUUCUAUAAUGUAUUUGUGCUGCAGUCAGCGCCAUAAAUUUAACCCUCUGAGUACGUCAAUGCACUUCCACACCUGAACUCUACUGACACGAGAUUUGAGGCUGUAAUUUAGACUGUUGACAAGAACGAGUCUUAAUCCUUAUUCCAAAGGAGAUUCUUUUUUCAGUGCAAAGUUUUCAUCUCGAGCUUUAAUGUUUGUCUGAAAAAAUGCUCACAAUCUAUACAUAAACAUCUUAGAAAUUUGAUUAAUAAAAGGGGUGGGGGAUAAAUCUUACGUCUUUUACUUUGGUUGAUCAGGGACCUUUAUUAAUUCAGGUCUGUGUAAAAUAUGUAUAUAAAAACAUAGAAACUAAUUCCUGUCUAAAUUAUGCAUCAUUUCUAUAUUUUUAAUUUAAAAGGAUUAUGACUAUCUGCUGGUGCACAGUAUAUGAAGACAUUAAUAAAAUUGUUUUGCACAAUAGUUUUAUAAAUGUGUUAUUUAAUCAAAUGAUACAAAAAGGGGGGAGGAGACAAAAAGGCAACGGGCGAAUCUUUUUACUCCCAACUCGUGCUCAAAGGGUUAAAGAUUCAUUUUUUACCAGACACUGCGUGAACCCAACAAAGAUAUUAAAGGCUGUACAAAAAAGAAGACGUUACUUUACGAAGAAUUUUCAUGUGUAAUCUGUUAUUUAUAAGCACUCUUGGUUGUUUCAUAUUGUUGAAUGCCUUUUUUUUCCUGUCUAAUUACUCGACGAUUCCACACUGCAGAUUUAUCUUUUUGGAAUAUGAAAGGUAACCAUGGUUACACUAACCUCCUGAGUGACAAGCCCUGCUACAUGUUUGGCAGUUAAUUUGAAGUAAUUGACAGCUGCCAGUGUAGAGAACUGACAAAAAAACAGAAAAAAUAAAAAAAUCUUUACGUGUAAAAUAUCGGCAUGUAAACAGCACAGAUAUGGUUCUGCAGUCUGUGGCGUCUUUUCAUUUGAUUAUUGCGUUUUCUGUUGUUGUUGUUCUUGACAAUGAACCCCCAUUAUAUGACUUCAUAUAACCUUGUUUUCUACUGCAGCAUUAAAAAAGGAACCUGUUUUUUGCAA